CUUCAGGAAAAAGCGGCAACUUCUGCUGCUGCUUCGUGUGUAUCGCCAAACACUCUCUAAAUAUCUCGGUGUAAAUAUCUCUAAGACUGGAUAUUUCGUGAAAUAUAUUACACUUCUAUCAGGAAUGACUCAUCCAGUGAGGUGCGCUGUUGCUUCUCUGUAGAAGAAAAUCUCCUCCUCAAGGUGACACUACCUGAAGAAAGAUGCCAGGUCUGCAGGGGGAACAUGCUGCGGUGGGGAGCCCGGUGAAGAAGAGCAAACUGUCUCUGAAGUUCCUCCAGAAGAAAGAAACCAAACGGGCUCUGGAUUUCUCUGAACCUCAAGCAGAUGAGCCCAAAACAGUUGACCAAGUGGAGCCUGAAGCGAGCAGCUGUGAUCAGGUGGUGCCUGGUCCUUCUCCAUGUCCAGCCUCACCUGGCCUUCUCCUGUCGUCCGAUAAGAGGGAGACCGUGGUGCCAUUUGUGGGGCUCAACAACCUGGGCAACACCUGUUAUUUGAACAGCAUCCUACAGGUGCUGUACCACUGCCCAGGGCUUAGAGAAGGAAUAAAGAAGCUGUAUAACCUGUCGAAAAGUACGGACAAACCAAAGGAAGAAACAGAUCAAAUUGAAGAGUCUGAAGAUGUCUCUGAGGCUUUGCCGCCUCAACUUAAGCUCCUGGGCAGCUUCAACAGUCUGAUAACAUCGGUGCAGCAGCUGCAGUCCAGCUUCCUGCUAAACCCGGACAGCUUCACUGAAGGAGAGCUCGCUACACCCCCUCGGAAAAUACUCCACACCCUCAGGCAGCUAAACCCCAUGUACGAAGGCUAUCUUCAGCACGACGCCCAAGAGGUCCUGCAGUGCAUCCUGGGAUACAUCCAAGAGGCGUGUGACACCAUCAGAAAGCAGUUAAAGACGGAGGAUCCGGAGGAAUCUGAGGUCAAACCUGAGAACGGUGUGGAUUUGGGUUCCAGCAGCUCUGUUGCUGAAUCUCCCGCAGAAGAGGACGGCCUAGUCAGCGGCAAGAGGAAGAGCGACACCGAAGUGGGAAAUGCCAAAAAGAAGCCGAAAUCCCUCAAGUCCAAGAAAUCUGAUGCAGUGGAUAAUAGACCCCUCACUCGUUCCAAGAGGAAGUCAUCCAGUGACAUCACAGUUGACAACGACCAAGACAAAGAUGGAGAGGAGGAUGCAGAGGAGGAAGUGAUGAAGAAACUGACCCAGGAGGAGGAAAAAGGGAGUGACAGUGAGGGGAAAGGAGAGAAGGCUUCAAAAGAGGCCGAGGUAAAAAGAAAGAAAAGGUCUAAGCUGAGCUGGCUGAGGCCUUCUGGGAAACAACCAAGCAUUUUCUCCAAGUUCCUCAGCGUGGGGAAGAUCAGCUCUGUGAAGAACCAGAACAAACUGGAGCAGGAGAACAGCGAGGAGCAGAGCGCCAACGAGAGGAGCGGUGAGGAGAGAGCGGAGCGAAACCCGGCUGAAGACAAGAAGACGGUUAAACUUCAAGAGGGGCUGAACCUGAUGGAGCAGCUGUUCCAGGGCCGACUGGUUCUGAGGACGCGCUGUCUGGAGUGUGAGAGCUUCACCGAGAGGAGAGAGGACUUCCAGGACAUCAGCGUCCCCGUGAUGGACGAGGAGCCAAGCAGCCCAGACGACCUCUCUGAGGUCUCUCCUGAUCCCAAACCCGAGCUGAAGACUCUGAAAUGGGCCAUCGGUCAGUUUGCGUCGGUGGAGCGGAUUGUCGGCGAGGACAAAUACUUCUGUGAGACGUGCCACCACUACACGGAGGCCGAGAGGAGCCUGCUGUUCGACAAAACUCCUGAAGUGAUCACCAUUCACCUGAAACGCUUCUCUGCCAACAGCUACGAUUUGGACCCGUAUGCUGGGCUGUCCAAAGUGAACACCCCCCUGCAGACCCCUCUCACCCUCUCUCUGGAGGAGUGGUGCACCCGGCCUUCGUCCACUAAGGGUCAGCGCUAUCAGCUGUUCGCCGUGGUCAUGCACAGCGGCAUCACCAUCAGCAGCGGCCACUACACCGCCUACUGCCGCAUGUCCGACCUGAGAGACGUGAAGCUGUGGGACCGAGAGGAAACGGGGGAGGAAGAGGAGGAGAAGGACACGAGGGUGAAGGAGGAAGUGCUGGACUUCGACGAUGGAGAGGUGUCUUUCAGCCUGAAUGCAAGGGGACAGAGAGGGGCCAGUUUGGCUGGCAGCAAAACAGGAGGGAAGAAGCUGUCAGAGGGGGGGGUCGGGCUCCUGGGGGGCCAGAGGAGUCUGUCCAGUUGUGACAUUGGGAGCGGCGGCAAACGCACAGAGAAAUCCUCCAGCAGCGGAGCCACUGAGGGGUCCAAGCGGAGGAAACCCGUCAGCAGCCUGGCCCAGAAUACUGAAGCAGGACUGAGCAAGGAGACUUCCUGUGGGGGGGCGGGGGCCACAGGGCAGCACGCGCUGAACAACCUCCUGGAGUACGAGGGCAAAUGGAUGCUGUUUGAUGACUCUGAGGUGCGUCUGUUUGAGGAGGUGGACUUCCUGCAAGCCUGCUCUCCAGAGACAUCCUCCUCCUCGACUCCUUACCUGCUGUUCUACAGAAGGAUGCCCGAGCCCUAAAGUCAUCACACUGUUUACUCCGGGGGGGGGGACACAGACAGACAGACAGACAGACAGACAGGCUUUUUGGCAGCCGAGCACCCAGACAAAGUACAUUUGUGUUUCGCAAUACUAUAGACGGUGCCAAUCAUACUGUGGCUGCCAUGGUAACACCUGAACUGAAGACACUUUCACAGUCAGGACGCUCCUCACACAGCGACACAUGGGAACUCAUUUUUUCUGUUCCGUCAUUACUUUAGCCUUUUGAGCCUUUUUUUACGUUGGGAUGUGCCCCGUCUUAACUUUUUUAAUUUCCUGUCAUGUCUCCAAUGUUCUUAUGUUUCUCAGUUAUUGAGUUUGUAUGGUCCCUUUUUUACAAAUUUAAAAAGCACUUUUGAACUCAACUCUAUUUGAAUGAUAACACGUUGAGAAUGAAUUUUCUAUCUGGAUACUUUUCUAAAAUUUGUAGAAGAUAGAAGUCAGUGCUGUGUAUUUGGAAUCAAUAAUUCAACUAAAGAAAAUAAGACGCAGAUAUCGUUAUUAUUCGCUAGGCAGUACAGAAAAUAAUCAUGAAGUUACAGAUAACUAUGGCCUGAAAGAUCUGUUUUGCACUGAUUCUGUAAGAUUUAUUUUUAACAUAUCUAAAGGCUGAAAUGAUAGUCAUCUAAGCUAAUACAUCCUAUAGUUUUGGACUUGUGGCAGUUAGUUAUAGCAUUUUAAAAUAAAAAAACAAGGAAAUGUUAAGUCAAGCUAAACGCAGGAUGCUGCACGCCUCACUCGGCCCCGACAUCACAAACGUAUUCAAGGAGCCAUUUCAGAGUGAAGAUGCAGGAAAAGAAAAAAAUGAUCUAUAAAUCAGCUACCCAGAUUUUUUGCAAGAUCGAUUUAAGAUAUAAAAACUGCCUCAUUCAUUUCUAAUUUAGAGUGUAACAAUUUUCUUGAAUGUGCAAAUCAAGCCCUGAAAUCUUCAUCUGUUUUAAACGGGUAUGUUUCCUGAUUUAGAGAAAAGCAGUCGGAAUUCCAGUGAGGCUUGGUCAGCAUAAAGGAAAAUAAUAUUUUACAUGUAAGCCAAAACAUUUUAACUGCUAUCAGACAAGAAUGGGAGUUCAGCGCCAGAUUUAAAAGAUAAAGAGUAACGCCUUGAUUGCAAGCCUCUGAGUUAUGGAUCGGAUAGCUUUGUAAAUUCAUAUUUGCUUCUCAAACUUGUGAAUCUGUUUCUGCGAACACUCAAAACAAAAACAGGUCUCAUUGUUUGUGCUCCAGUGUUUUGUCAAGUAUCUCUUUGUGUAAUAUUUAAGUCUAGUUCCAUUAUACAGGCAAGGUAACAUCUUUCAUCUCAGGUUCUACAGAGUGUUUCUAAGUCCGUGGUUUCAGGGAUUCAAUCAGUUCUUAAGCUCGGUGAGCAGCAGGGUGUAUUUCAAUAUAAAUCAUAUAUUCAUGGGGACGUUUUGGGAUAUAACAAAGUGCUUACAGAUCUGGUUUAAUAUAAUGUGACAGCAGCGUGUGUGUGUGGUCUCUCUAAACCUCAUCCAGCUGUGAUAUAUUAAUGUUGACAUGCUCCUUCUAUAAGCAAUAAACUUUUUACCUUCA